ACACCCUUGAACUACUGAAAUUCAAAAAGGAUUUUAUAUUUAUUAUGAAAAGGCUGAAAUUCUCCAGGACAACCAAUUCUUUGCAAAAAAGACUACAGAAAAUAAUUUCUAAUAUAAAAAACUCAGACAAUCUUCAUGAUAAAACUGAGUUUUUAAGAGUUUAUAUAUAGCCCAAACUAAUUUUUUGGAAGCAAGUACUAAAUAUGGCUGCAAGGAUUGUCAUUGCUGCAAGAAUAACAGAUCAUAUUAAACUUACCCUUAAAAAACUUAUCAGACAUAGAAGCUUAGAAAUGAUGGUCUUUCAAAGGAUUCUUGGACCCUUGUGUUCUGUUGAACAAAUUCCUACAGAAUUUCGUGAAAAUUUUAUUCUCACUGGAUAUCGUUACCCAGAGUGUACUUUAUUUCAGUGUGUUUGCAGUGUAUUCACUGCAACUAAUGAAACUUUUAAUUUUUGGACUCAUUUCUUGCCAGCUUUAUAUUUUCUGUACACAAUUUGUCAAACAUACAGCAAAGAUUUUCUACAAAGUAGUUAUAACUCUCCUCUGAUUGCUUACCUUGUAACAUGUAUUCUCUUUCCUUUUGCUAGUUCAAUGGCUCAUAUGUUUCUUUCUUUAUCUAAUAAUGCUAGACAUAUCUGUUUUUUUAUAGAUUAUGGUGCUGUAAGUCUUUAUAGCUUUGGAAGUUCGAUUGCUUAUCGUGCUUAUGCAUUUCCUGAAGUACUUGAGUACACUUGGUUUGGAAAAUGGUACCUACCUAUUGCAUUUUUUAGUGCUUUGCUGUCAACUCUUUUCUCUUGCCAAUCGCGAUUUAGCAGAAAGUAUGAACAAAUUUUUCGGAUUGGAGUAUUUUCAUGGCCUUAUUUUUUUGACAAUAUACCUAUUUUUAUUUUAUUUACUCCACUUGAAGAACGUUUUUAUUCCAAAUUUUAUCACACAAAACAAUUUUUGUACUGUUUUAUGGCAGUAUUAAUGUAUGUUUCACAUUUCCCAGAGCGUUUUAAGCCUGGAUAUUUUGAUAUUGUUUUACAUAGUCAUCAGCUUUUUCAUAUUUUUGGAAUAAUUAGCACAUUUUAUCAGAUGAGAGGAAUUCAGAUUGACAUGGCUACUCGAAAAAAUACCAUUAUAAAGCAAUGGUUCUAUAACUAUUUCCACUAUAGCAUUAGUAUUGUACUUGUGCAACUUUUACUAAUUGCAUUAAUUAUACUUUUCUAUAUAUGUAUUUUAAACCAUAAGAAAGCAAUUAAAAAGAAAGAAUAAAAAAUAGUAGGUGUCUUGUUAAUAUACCUAUACUGCCUAGUUGAUCAAAUCAUGUUUCCAUAGUAUUUCCUGAUUCAUAUCCUAAUUCACCAUAAAAUUAGAUAACCAACCUGUAUCAAAUUGUUUAAUUAUCAGGAAUAUGACAGAUAAAUUGCAAUCAUUUUACUUUAAACAUUACUUAUAAAACUCUUAUAUUUAUGGAUUUUAUAUUUUGAGCUUUAAAACUAAGUUUAAAAAGAGAACAAGCUGAUUUCUAAUAUAACAGAUACCAUAAUGUGAUGAUAUGCCUUGGAAAUUUGGUCUUGAUUCACAGUAGAAACCAUUAUUUUUAAUUGCCUAAAAUUCAUCAAGGUAGUGCCCCAGCAUGACCACAGUCUAAUGACUGAAACAAGUGAAAGAAAGCUAGAAAGAUUAUUGUGUAUGAACUGGAUACUAUAAUAUAUUGGCAAUUUCUUGAUGAGAAUAUGUUCAUUGAAGUAUUGAAGUUAUCCUUGAUAAAAAUAUAUUACAUCUUUCUAGUUUCUUACUGUAAAAUAUAUACAAUUUCUUGUAAUAAAAAAAAAAACAAUUGUAACUGCAGUCUGAUGCUGAUUCUUGCUUGAAGCAAUUUCACUAUUUUGGUGCUACAAUUUUGGGAAAGGACCUACCAUAACACCACCUCUAUAUUACCCUCCUUUUAGUUUGAAGGUGCCAUGUAAAAUUAAGAAAUUCUUCUUCUUCUUAUUGACGACGACGAUGAUGACGAUCUGGCAGAAUCAUUACCACACUAGAAAAGAAUGCUUAGCUGCAUUUCUUCCAACCUUACAUUCUGAAUUCAAAUGCCACUGGGGUUGACAUUGCCUUUUAUUCUUUCAGAGUCAGUUGAGCAAUCAACUUGUUCUCUCCCCCAAAAUUGCUGGCCUUGUGCCAAAAUUUGAAACCAUUGUUAUUGUU